AUGAAUUUUUCAAUUUGGUGGUUAUUUUCUUACUACGUACGGCCCAUAAUAAAAUGGUUUCUGAGGAAAACGACUGGCUUGUGCGAGCUUCAACGGAUAUGUUACGGAGAAGUAAGCGGUGCGCCUAGGGUGAAAGCUGUGGAAUACUCACUUAAUAUGUCUCGAGCUAAACAAAUCAGAUUCACUGGUUCGAACGAACGAGAGAUUCUCAGAGGAGCUGUAAACACAGUAUUAUUAGUAAAGAAAAUAAAUCCAAGGGUACAUUAUCAAUUUAUAACCAGCUUCAGUAAAUGUAUGGAGCAAAUUUGGGGCUACAGGCAAUUGAUAGCAGAAGCAGAAGAGCUCCGGAGGACUACAUUUGACAGUGAAAACAUACACCAUGAAAGCAAGCUGUAUGAGCUUUGGGAGAAUUUAAUGCCACAAGAAAGGCUACAAAAUAGGAUAACAAAGCAAUGGCAAGAUAUUGGGUUUCAAGGUGAAGAUCCGAAAACUGAUUUUCGAGGCAUGGGCCUGCUAGGUCUAGAAAACCUCUUAUUUUUUGCCACACAAUAUCGUACUCCAGCGCAACAUGUACUGUCACAUUCUCAUCAUCCAAAUUAUGGUUACUGCUUUGCCAUUGUAGGUAUCAAUCUCACUAGUUUAGCCCUAAUACUAUUAAGAGAUGGCAGUGCAAAAACUUUUGUGUACAACACCUCAAAAAGCUUGCCUUCUAUAAGACUGUUUCAUCAAUUUUAUAGUUAUCUGUUUUAUGAGUUUGACAGAUUUUGGGUUGAGUGUAAACCCAAAGACAUUAUGGAGUUCUCAAGUAUCAGGAAUAGAUUUGAGAACAAUGUUAGACAGGUAUUACAAGAUCCAGCUACUGAGUUUAGGAUCGGUGUUACUGUAGACAACAUUUAGUUAAAAUUAUGUAUGUUAGAUACAUAUUUCUGCCAUAUUCUGAUCUAGAUGAUCUCCUAAAAACAGGACAAUAGGGAGAUAAAGGUAGAAUCUUCUUAUUUAAACUUCAAAAACUGAGAUUUCUUAUGAAUUGGUCAUUAAGAUAGAACUAGUUGAUGCAAUCUGAUAUAGCUUUUAAAAAUAGUUUACAUCCAAAGAGUCACAUAAGCUUCAAAUGUUAUGUGAAUGGAUAAAGAUUGUCUUUAAUAAUGUAGUAUACCACAUACUAAAUUGGAAGGUUCUAACUUAAUUCCUUUUAGACAACACACAUGCAAAUAACUAACUUUUCUGCAACCUUUCAAAUAUCACCUUGCUCAAUAUAUAUAGAUUCCAGAUAUAAAUAUAGGAUAUUUAAUUGUUGAACUUUGAAUGAAGAAGCUAUUAAGUGGUAUAGGAUUAAAGCACAUAUUUAUUAGGUGCCUUUCCAUACACAGCUAGUCAGUUCAAAUAUAGUUCAUUGAAUGGCAGCUAGAUUUAGGAUUCAAAUAAAAGAUGUAUGCUAUGUUCCGACUCAUCUAGUUUCACAUUCACCACAGCAUUUUUAAGCUACAAGAUGUGAACAUGCUUAUUAAUAUUAGCCUAUAAGUAAUUUAUUUUACAGAGUAUAUUUUUAUGUGUUUACAGUCUAUGUGUUUUAUUUUUAUAUAUUGUGUAAGUAAUGCUUUACUUAUAUGUAAUUUGUGUUAUGUAUUCAUAUUUUGUUCAAAUUAGAUUCCAAUCAGACAGAGAGGAAGUUCAAAGAAGUCACAAAUACACUAAUGUGGCAAAGAUUUUAUAAUGUUAAGAUGUUAAACUUUUGCUCAAAAUAUGAAUAACACACACUUUCUGAUGUCUUGCUUCAUGACUUCACUGCCAUUUCCUCUUAAGAGAUGGAUGCUUUCAAGGAAUCACAGACACACUACUGGGUUCAACAUACAUGUGAAGAACAUCUUUUGACAAUAAAAGGAAUAUUUACUAAU